AUGUGUUACUAGAACCACUUGUGCAGCUGCUACUAUCUAAGCUGCCUGCAUUGCUACUGGACAGGAACUGCAUGUGUCGAUAAGACAUGUACAAAUGCACCAGCAACUAUGACAACCAAUUCAGCUUGUGCUGGAUUCGUAACAGGAUGUAUCACCAAAUCUGGAGGUGGUUGUGUUUCCAAUGGAGCAUGUUCAGCAGCAAAUGUCUAAGCAGCUUGUGUGAAAAAUACAUCUGGAACUGAUUGCAUUUGGGAUACAACAUGCAAAGAAAAGACCUGCGCAAAUGCACCAACUACCAAUAACACUCAUGACUUAUGUACAUCAUAUUUAUCAACAUGUACUGUUAAAUCAGGAGGCGGAUGCUAACCUAGAACUUGUGCAAAUGCCCCAACAACAAUAACAACUAAUGAUGCAUGCGAAGCAUAUUUACCAGCUAAUAACUGUAUAACAAAGAGUGGAGGUGGAUGUGUACCAAAUACUACAUGUGCAGUAAUUACCUUAGAAGCUGCUUGUGUUAAAAACUCUUCUGGAGCUACUUGUUUCUGGGAUUCAGCCAGUUCAACUUGCAAGGAUAAAACUUGUGCUAAUGCUCCAUCAACUAAUACUACUAAUGAUUUAUGUGUUGCCUUUUUAUCAUCUUGUACAGUAAACUCAACCAAUGCUGGUUGUGUUGAUAAAACAUGCGAAAACUCAUUGGCAUAAACAAUUUGUGAUAAAGAUCUCAACAAUAAAGCUUGUAUUUGGAAAGGAAAAUGCUAUAAAAGAGAAUGCGUUUUAGCUUCAUCAACCACAGCAACUCAUGCAGAUUGCUAAACUUAUGAUGUAGGUUGUACUUUGAGUAAUACUGGUACUGGAUGUGUUCCUCUACCCCUUAAAUGUGAAGCCAUUACAAUUGAAGCUGCCUGUAAUAUUAGAUUAUAAGUUACAAGUGGAGUUAAAUCCUACCCAUUAUGUGGUUGGAAUGGUUCAUCUUGUAUUGAUAAAGCUUGCUCCACUGCUCCAAAAACAACAGCAACAACAUCUGAUUGUGGUACUUACAAAUCAGGUUGUGUAGCAAAUAACCCUGUUAAUGGAUCAAUUUAAGGAUGUUAAGAUUUACCAACAACUUGUGCAGCGAGAAAAUCAACUGAAAAUUGUGAAAUCACAAGAACUGGAUUCCCAACAUGCUUAUGGAAUAGUGCUACAUCAGCUUGUGUUGAAAAAUCUUGCUCUACUGCAAGCGUUACAACAACAACAGGAUUUUUGACAGUUUUCAGCAAUACAAAUUGUUUAGCUUAUUUGUCAAAUUCUGCUUGUAUUGCAAAUAACACAGCAGAUGGUUGCAUUCCAAAGCCAUCAAGUUGUGGUUCUUUGACUACUUCAGCUAAUUGCGGAGUUGGUUCAAAAGCAAAUGGAGAUUGUUAUUGGAAUGGAACUACUUGUGUUGAUAGAACAUGCUCAAACAUUUCAUUAUCUACUCACUCUGGUUGUAAUGGUGUUUUGAAUACAUGCACAGUGAAUAAUGCAAAAACAAUUUGUUAGAGUUUGGCUACAGCUUGUACUUCUUAUGGGUCAAGUGAAAAUUGUAAGUAAACCUCUGCUGGAAAAACUUGCAUAUGGACAGGAACAGCUUGUAGAAAUGCAACUUGUUUAGAUGCAUCAGAUACUAAUUCUUUCGAUUCAGAUGGAGAGUGCUCAGCUUAUCCAACACCAAGUGAUACUUGUACAGUUCUAUACAAAACUGGAGCAGUCGGAUGUGUGACAAGAUCAGCUAAUUGCAGUGACUAUGUAUCAUAAGCUUAAUGCGUAAGAACAUUAACAGCAGCUUCAGAUGAUUGUACCUGGAAAUCCUCUCAUAGCAAAUGCUUUUCUAAUACUUAUCUUUCAGGUGCAUGCUCAACCUUUUAAGGUACAAAAACUUUAUGUGAAGCUAUUAAAACCGGCUGCACUAAUGCAGUGGGCGCUGUGGAAACAGAUACUUGCACAUUCUCUUGUGCUGUUGUAACAGGAACAAGUUUAACUCAUGCAGGUUGUUAAGGAUACAGUACUACAUGCACUGCUAAUUCAGGUGGAACUGCUUGUCUUACAUUAGCAGCAGCCUGCAGUACUUAUACAGCUUAAGGUGAUUGCGUGAGAAGAACAGAUGGUUUAUCAUGCUUUUGGAAUGCUGGUGCUUCUCCUGCUGCUUGUUAAGAUAUUACUUCAACAAAUUGUAAUGCUCUUGCAUCAUUAACAGGUGCAACCCAUGCCUCAUGUUAAGCAUAUAGUACUGCUUGUACUUCUAUUUCUGAUGGAACAGCAUGCUAAGCUAUAUAAGCAGCUUGCUCUAGUUACUCAGCAUUAACUGCUUGUACUAAAAGAACAGACGGCUUAAAAUGCUUUUGGAAUACUGGUGCUACUCCUGCUGCUGCUUGCCAGGAUAUUACUUCAACAAAUUGUAAUGCACUCGCAUCAUUAACAGGCGCAACUCACGCUACAUGUUAAGCAUAUAGCACUGCUUGUACUUCCAUUUCUGAUGGAACAGCAUGCUAAGCAAUAUAAGCAGCUUGCUCUAGUUAUUCAGCGUUAACUGCUUGUACUUAAAGAACAGACGGCUUAAAAUGCUUCUGGAAUACUGGUGCUACCCCUGCUGCUGCUUGUCAAGAUAUAACAUCAGCAAAUUGUAAUGCUCUUGCAUCCUUAACAGGAGCAACUCAUGCCUCAUGUUAAGCUUAUAGUACUGCUUGUACUUCUAUUUCUGAUGGAACAGCAUGCUAAGCAUUAUAAGCAGCUUGCUCUAGUUACUCAGCAUAAACUGCUUGUACAUAAAGAACUGAUGGCUUAAAAUGUUUUUGGAAUACUGCUGCUACCCCAGCUGCUGCUUGUCAAGAUAUUACUUCAGCAAAUUGCUCUUUAAUCACAGGAUUAUCAAGUGCAACUCAUGCCACAUGUUAAGCAUAUAGCACUGCUUGUUAUCUUAAUAUAGCUGGAAAUGCUUGCUAAGCAUUUAGCACAUGUGAAGCACUAACAGGUUCAAAUCUAACUUGGACUAUUUGUUAAGCGUUUAGUACUACUUGCAGUGUUAAGAGAGAUGGAACUGGUUGCGUAACAAUUUAAUCUGCAUGCACUGGAUACACAACAAUUGCUAAUUGUUAUAGAUCAACUGCUGGAUAUUGUACCGCUAAUAGUGGUGAUUCUGCCUGUUAAGCUAUAUCAGCUUCAACUACUUGUGAAUAAAUAAAAUUAGGAUCAUCAUUUGCUUUUGAUGACACAAAAUGUAAUACUUUCAAAACUGGUUGCAUAGCAUUAGGUACAUCAGGAUGUUAAACCAAGACAUGUGCUAAUAAAACAACACCAUUUGCUCAUUCAGAUUGUAAUACUUGGUUAAGUACAUGUACCUCAAAUGCUGUUUCUUCACCAACUGCAUGCACAACUAUGGCAGCCACAUGCGCUAGUUUGACUACAUCAACAUGUGUUUACGCAGUUGAAGGUGAAUGUGUUGUCUCAGGAACAUCUUGUGUCCGAAAGACUUGUGAUACAGCUUCAGCAGAUACAAGUUUCGACUCACAUGCUGAAUGUAUUGCAUAUCUAUCUACAUGCACAGUUGCAAGAACAGGAGGUUGCUAAGCAAGAGCUACUUGUGCUUCAUACAAAUCAAGUUAAUAAUGUAAAUUCAAUUCAACUGGUGGAAAGUGUUUCUGGAAUCCAAAUAAUAAGACAUGCGUUGAUUUAAAUUGUGGUAACAUUGAAGCCACAACAACUUACGAUACUCAUGCUGAAUGUGUAGCAGUUGAUACAUAACUCCUUUGUACAGUUAGAGCUACAAAUGGAGCUGCUGUUCCUGGUUGUAUGGCUAGAGGAGCCUGCAGUUCCUAUUCAAUAGAAGAUUAAUGCAAAACUAAUCCAAGUGGCGGUGUCUGUGUUUGGAACACAAAUUUAACCACACCAGUAUGUUAAGAUAAAUCAUGCACUACUGCUCCAACUGCAACAGCAACCCAUGCUGAUUGUGAUUCCUAUUUCUCCACAGCUACUAUUAAAUGCACAGUUGUUGCUACACCAGAUACAAAUGGAGGUGCCGCAGUCCUAGGAGGUUGUCAAUAGACAGCAGCUUGUUCAUCUUAUAUCCAUUAAGAAUAAUGCAGAUUCAAUGCUACAGGAGAUCUUUGUGGGUGGAAUGGAACUUAAUGUGCAGAUAAGUCAUGCGCUACUGCACCUGCAACUACUGAUUAUGAUGAUAAUGAUAAAUGCAGAGCUUACUUCAAUAAUAAAUGUACAGUUGCAAGCUCAGGACAAGGAUGUGUUGAUAUUCCAGAUACAUGUGAAUCUAUGACAUAAAAGUAAUGUGUUUCUGAUAAGACUGGCAGAUCAUGCUAUUGGAAUGGAACAGCUUGUAUCACAAGAACUUGUGAAAAUGCCCCAGAUUCAACAGCUUCGGCUGAAGACUGUAAUACCUAUCUUGCUGGAUGUACUUUAGAUUCAGUAAAAUGCAAGACAAAGGUUUGUGAAGAUUUUGCUUUUGCCACUGAUGCCUUGUGUAAAUCAGCCUUAAGCACAUGUACAACAAAUGGAACAAAUUGUGUCACAAGAGGAACUUGCUUCUAAGCUUAGAACUAGGCUGGAUGCGUUACUUCAUCAGCAAAUGUAUAAUGUGAAUGGAUGCCAGCUGUAGGAACUAACUAAGCAUAUUGUACUGUUAAGACUUGUAAUACAGCCCCAGCAACAUUAACCUCUGAAUCAGCUUGUGCAAGUUAUUUCACAAAUUGCACAACAAAGAAUGGUGGUGGAUGCGUUACUAAGUCAACAUGUUCUGCUGUUACUAUUGAUGUUGCUUGUACAACAGCUCUUAACGGAACUGUUUGUGCUUGGGAUAGUGCAUAAAAUAAAUGCAGAGAUAAAGAUUGCUAAGAUUUCAGCGGAACUACUCAUGCUGCAUGCCAAACCUAAAGAGCUGGAUGUACCGCUGGUGCCAAUGGAAAAUGUGCUAGAGUUUAAAAUUGUGAAUAAACUACUAUCAGAAGUGCUUGUAUUGAAGGAACAAAUGGACCAUGUUUAUGGAUAAACAAUUAUGUUAACUCUGACGGAUCUAAAGGAGCUUGUUUCAGAUAUACAUCAUGCAAGAGUUUGGCUUGGAAUUCAGAUACAUCAUGUAAAUGGAUUAGUAAUUAAUGUACAACUAAUGGAUCCAAUUGUAUUGGAAUUACUUUGUGCUCUGAAACUAAUACUGAUGGUGGAUGUGUUUCAGGAUAUGAUGGAGCUUGUAUUCAAUCAGUCCCAGCCUUGAAUUCUUCAGAUCCAAAGGUUUGCAAACCAUAUACAUCUUGUGCUGAUGCUUUCUACACAACUCAUUCAGAUUGUUAAACUGCUAGUAAGAAGUGUACAACAAACGGAACAACUGGUUGCAUUGCCUUAGGAUGUUAUUUCAAUGAUAAAGGAGCUCUUUUAACAUCAGGAGCCAUUACUUCAACAGGUAUUUGUACUUGGGAUACCACUGCUAGUAGUUGCAGAGAUUAAUCAUGUGCUGAUUUGACUGGAACAACCCAUGCAACAUGUUCUUCAUAAUUAUCAACAUGCACAUCAGAUGGUACAAGUUGCUUAGUCAAAGGAGCAUGCACAUCAUACACUACUUAAACUGCCUGCACAACAGCAGUUGGAUCAGAUGGUAUUUGCUAUUGGGAACUUGCUUCUUCUACAAAUAACAACACAGCCAAAUGUAGAUUACUUGCUUGUGCUGAUAUUCAAAAUGGUACAUCAACCAAUGUUUGCGCAGUUGCCUUGUCAUCAUGCGUUUCAAAUGGAACCCGGCUUGCAUUGCAAAAGCUAACUACAGCAUGUAACUCAGGUGGAUUAGAUGGAAUUUGCGUCUUCACUCAAUCAACUGCUACAGGAGCUGCUGCUGGUACCGGAACUUGUGCAUUAAUGACAGCAUGUACCACUGCAAACAGUGAUUAAGUUGCCUGUUAAGCUGCUAAGGAUAGAUGUUCAUGGACUGCAGCAUCAGGAACUGGAACAACAGCAGUUGCUAGUAAAUGUGCCACUCACACUUGUGCUACAAACUAAGCUACAAAUGGUGCUUGCACAAGAUUCUUGAAUUGGGAUAAAAAGACUUAAUAAAUUUGUACUCUUGUUAGUGGAGCAUGCACAGCAACAGACCCAUCAACUUUGUCAUUAAAUGAUUGCUUCUAGGUUUCUGGAUAUACUUAUACUUGGAAUGCAUCUACAAGCAAGUGCGGAGUCUGCACUGCUGUUGUUGUUUAACCAAAUAAUACAGAUAAUAAUACAAACAACAACACAAAUAAUGAAACAACAACUGAUUCAGGAUAUAUUCUUGGAUUAUCAACAAUCGUUUUGGGAUAUCUCAUGUUCUGAUGAGAAUGAUUUUAUAAAUUUAUAUAGGGAAAAAUUAUCUUAAAUUUAAAACAAAUAUUU